CUCGUUCCACAGUCUACUCCACUUCCCACUUAUCCAGCUAGCCUUGCCACCUCCUCCAUUCCAAGAAGCAGAGCAGAGCAGAGUAAAAAUGGCGAUGCCGCGGGCCGUGUCCUUAUCGGUCGCCGUGCUCCUGGCGCUCCUGGCGUCGGCGGAGUCGUGGCUGUACGAGGAGUUCACCACGGACGGCAACGUGCGCGCCGACUACAACGCGCAGGGGCAGCAGGUGGCGUCGCUCGUCCUCACCCAGCAGUCCGGCGGCGGCGCCUUCGGCUCCCGGCAAAAGUACCUCUACGGCCAGUUCAGCAUCCAGAUGAAGCUCGUCCCCGGCAACUCCGCCGGCACCGUCACCUCCUUCUACCUGUCGUCGGGCGACGGCCCCGGGCACGACGAGAUCGACAUGGAGUUCAUGGGCAACGCCACGGGGCAGCCGGUGGUGCUCAACACCAACGUGUGGGCCAACGGCGACGGCAAGAAGGAGCACCAGUUCGACCUCUGGUUCGACCCGGCGGCCGACUUCCACACCUACACCAUCAUCUGGAACGACAAGAACGUCCUCUUCAAGGUGGACGACCUCUUCAUCCGCAGCUUCAGGCGCUACGCCGACCUGCCCUACCCGGGCGCCAAGCCCAUGUCCGUGCACGCCACGCUCUGGGACGGCAGCUACUGGGCCACGCAGAAGGGCAAGGUCCCCGUCGACUGGUCGGGCGCGCCCUUCGUCGUCUCCUACCGCGGCUAUACCGCCGACGCCUGCGUGCCCAACGGCGGGGAAGGCAGCCCGCUCUCCUGCCCCGCCGGCACCGACCGCUGGAUGAACCGGCAGCUCGACGACGCCGAGCGCGGCACCGUCGCCUGGGCCAAGCGCGACUACAUGCGCUACAACUACUGCGACGACGGCUGGCGAUUCCCGCAGGGCUUCCCCGCCGAGUGCUCACGCGGCUGAAGAACGCCGCCCCCCUUCUGCGGAUUGUUCGUUAUCCAUUCAUUUCUUGUUUCUUGGUCUUGGGUCACAUCUAGUGUUCUUGAUUUCGUUAACCCUCUGUUUAUUCUUGCCUAGAGGGAUUAGAUUAAACGAUAAUAAGGGUGAAUUCUUCGAGUAAAUAUCGGAACACACAGUGAGUCCCACAGUGAGAAUUGUUCAAGGAA